AAGCAGUGAUAUCAAGGCAGGGAGUGAACGCGAGGGGGUUGAAUAAGUCCAUUUCACUCGUGGUGGAAAACGUGGAAGGAUACGGAACAGAAGGAGAGAGAGGAAACAUCCGUUCCGCACUUUCCAACGGAAAGUGCGUAAUAAAAAUAUAUUUUAACGUCACAUGUGAUCUAAUUCGCCUUUCACAUACGCGGAUCGGAACGUCAAAAGUGUCAAAACUCGGGCUUGUCAUCUUCAACAUUUAUUGUAAUAAAUAAGUCUGUUCGCGUUGUUUGUACUUGUUACACUCAGCUUCUCUCCAACAUAUUCAAACAUAUAUUUAUUUCUUUACAAAUACAACAAUUUUUUUGAGAAUUUCAAGCGCAAGGCGUAAUAAAACUAAUAUUGUUGGAAUACGCUGGAGAUAAAGAAAGAGAAAGAGUGAUGAUGGAAAAAAGAGAGAGAAAGAGACGAGAGAAGAAAGUCUGCACCGAGUAGUAGACGGAGCGGGGAGAGCGGGGAGAGGGAAGGUCGCGCGGGAUUGGGCGGGAGAGGGGAUGUAUAGCUGGGUCGAAUGCGCGCGAUUGGUGGGGGGAGUCGUUGGCCUCGGGAGUCGGGAGUCUUCGUCCGCGAGCGGUGAAGUGGUCUUGCCAGUGCGUUGCGGAACGCGCUCUGCCGCUUUCCGUCAGUGUCUUGUUGACGUUUCGUUAGUGUGUAUGUGCGCGCUCGCGCGUGAUAACUGCCGUUUUCGUGUCUCCGUUUUCGGAGUCGUAUUUCGUGCUCCGGUCGUCCGUUACGCGGUUGGGUCGAAAGGCUACGGUUUCUAUCUAUCUAUCUAUUCCUCUCUGACACGUGUGUGUGCGCGCGCGCGGGCGCGCGUGAGUGUAUCAGUGUGUGCGCGUGCCUGUGCGUACAUGUAUUCCGGAUGCCCGGUGUAUACGCGGGCGGCGGCGGCGUCGUCGUCGUCGUCGUCACGCGGCGAUGAACGCCGAUGACAUACGGAGGUUCCGAGGCAACUUCUUCGUCGGGUGGCGCGCAUCGUCGAGCGCCCAGGACUCCUCGCGGCGGCGACAGCGGCGGCAGCGAGCACGCCCGCGGUGCUUGCUAGCGGCACUAGGACUCGCGGAGCAACGAGCUGUACCUCGGAUCGAUCGGCCGGAGAGUGGCGCUCGGAGGUGGUGAACGUCGAAGAGGAAAGAGGACGACGAGGAGGAGUCGAUCUGCCGUCGAAGGUAAAGCGAGGUGGAACCGACUGAAAAAGAGAAGAAAAAAAGAGGAAGGCUGAAAGCGAAGAGAGACGCGGUGGUGGUGGAGACGGCAGAGGGGUCGAAAGGUUGAGCGACCUACGGAUCAAGACGAGGAGGAGGUGGCGGAGAGAAAGGGGCGGCAGAGAGAAGGCAGGAGGGAUAAGAGAAAGAGGGAGAGAACGAUCAGAGAAGAAGGACGGAGAAAUGAUCUUGGUAGGUGAUUGGCAAAGUGUUGUGGUGGUCGACUCCUCGACGAAAGGCAGAUAGCGCCAUUAGUCGUUGCCGGGGCACGGAACAUCGGGCCCAUGCGCGUUGCGGCCCUGGCCGUGGGUGAAGAAGGGGAGGAGGAGGAGGAGGAGGAGGAGGACGAGGAAGAGGAGACGGAGGGCCAUACGGGGCACCACUACGGGGCCCGCGGGCCCGCGAUGCGCUCCGCGGUUGCCGCGACAGUGGGGGGCAGGAGUCAAUGGUCCAUCACGACGUGUUCGAUUUUCUAUGUGCUGUUACUGCUGCCCGUUUGGAUUCCGAUGGCCGUCGUCGACGCGUCUCCCCUUCAUCCCGCACCUCCAUAUAGAGAUAUCACGCGCUCGUAUAUCAGGUAUUACGAGGCAGCCAUGUAUGACACCGUAGCCUUGAAACGACAUCGCAACCGGAUACGUCGUGACGUCACCGACUCCAAGCAACCCCUGAUUUUGAAUCUGAAGACGCUCGAUAGAUCCUGGACGAUACGCUUGUUUCACGACGCGAGUCUGUUUAGCAAAGACGUAUCCUUUGAGAGCACGAACGGACCGAUAUCCUUCGACACUUCGCAUUCCUACGUCGGUACUGUUUUGGAGGACGAGAGUGCCGUGGUGCAGGGUGUCGUUACGCAAGAUGGUCUCUUCGACGGCAGUGUCGUGACCAGAUUCGAGGAGUAUUACAUCGAGCCAACGAGCAGGUAUUUGAAUAAAAAUGAAGACACGUCGCCGCCCUAUCACAGCAUAGCUUAUCGUACCUCCGAUGUUACCACCCCGCCACAUCCAUUACCCUGUGCCAGUCAUCAGCUGCAUCAAGAGAGAUCUCUUCGCGAUUCCUUCGAUAGAUAUAGGUACAACAAUUCUCAGGCAUUCUACGAGCCUCUUCUCGGCGAACACAUUGCUCUCUACUCCAGGGAAAACAAUGCGAGAGUGUUAACAUUAGAAACGAAUAAUGACGUUGAAUACACGGACGCCGUGAGCGGCAGAGAUAGGAUCGCGAGGCAUCUACACAAGCGUGCGACGGUAGAUCCCCGGAAAACUACCUGCAUGCUCUACUUGCAAGCCGACCAUCAGUUUUUCGCGCGAUACGGCACGGAGGAAGCCUGUAUCGAGGUGAUGACGAGGCACGUACAAAGAGUCAACUCCAUCUACAAACACACAGAUUUCAAUCAAGAUGGGCGGCCGGAUAACAUCAGUUUCAUGAUUAAACGCGUUAAGGUGCACAGCGAGGAUGCAUUGAGAGAUCCUCAUUAUCGUUUUCCGGGCAAUUAUGGAGUGGAGAAAUAUUUAGAGCUCUUUUCAGAGGAGGAUUAUGACGCAUUCUGUCUGGCUUAUAUGUUCACGUAUCGGGAUUUCGAGAUGGGAACUCUGGGUUUGGCAUGGACAGGCGAUCUCAAGAAUGCUGGCGGCGUAUGUGAGAAGAACGGGCAUUAUCGCGGCAGCAUGAAGUCAUUAAACACCGGCAUAGUGACCCUAUUAAAUUACGGGAAGCACGUACCGCCUGCGGUCUCUCACGUUACUUUGGCUCACGAGAUCGGCCACAACUUUGGCUCGCCGCACGAUCCGGAACAAUGUACACCAGGCGGGGAGGAUGGCAACUUUAUAAUGUUCGCUCGUGCUACCAGCGGGGACAAGCGUAACAACAAUCGCUUCAGUCCAUGUAGCCUGAAUGCCAUAAAUCCUGUGCUUAACAGCAAGGCACGGUCUCCAAAGGGAUGCUUCACCGAACCGCAAGUAUCGUUGUGCGGCAAUGGCGUGGUGGAGGAGGGCGAGGAGUGCGAUUGCGGCUGGGAGGAGGAUUGCAGGGACUCGUGCUGUUAUCCCCAGCGCCGUUAUCCACCGCCCGAGGAGACCCCGUGCACUCUCACACCGCGUGCGGUGUGCAGUCCUAGUCAAGGUCCGUGCUGUACCAGCGAGUGUAAUCUCCGUUUCGGAGACAAGUGCAGAGAUGACAAUGGCUGUCGCGAUGCGAGCUUCUGUGACGGUCGUUCUCCGUACUGUCCGCCAUCCAUUAACAAGCCUAAUAAGACUAUCUGUAACCGUGAGCUGGUUUGCUUCAUGGGGGAGUGCACUGGCAGCAUUUGCUUAGCAUACGGAUUGGAAUCUUGCCAAUGCAUACCAGGCCCGAACGAUCCACCGACGAAGGCUUGCGAGUUAUGUUGUCGACUUCCCGGGGAAAAUCAACCAUGCUUAUCGUCUUUUGAUUGGAAUUCCCCACCGUAUGAUAUUCCUGAUAUGUUCUCAAAGCCAGGAACUCCAUGUAACGAUUAUAACGGCUACUGUGAUGUCUUUCAAAAAUGUCGCGAGGUCGAUCCAAGCGGUCCAUUAGCAACUUUAAGGAAACUCUUAUUAUCCGACGAGAGCCUCGCCACUUUUAGACGGUGGGUCGCUGAACAUUGGUAUGCAGCCGCUCUGAUAAUUUUAGCGGCGAUAUCGUUACUAGUAGCAAGCAUGAGAUUACUGGGCAAGCGACCGGACUUGAAGCUAAAGUCUGUCACGAUUAUCCAUAGUUCUACGACGGAAACGGUACGACUUCCGCCGGAAGGUACGGAAGGAGUAACAGUGCAUCCACCGGCGGUACGUGCCAAACUUCCUCUUAGCAGAAAGGUCAGGGAGAAGAGGUGUCAUCGCAAACAUAAAGAUGGUGGCCACACCGACAAGUCUAACAAUAAGGAUAUCAAAAAGAAACAAAACCAACAAACAAAGAGAUCGUCUACCGGGCAGGUCGAUGACUUUGCGCGAAAGCGACCAGCUGAAGUUUUGGCUGCUGUAACUCAAGAGAAUAAACGGAAGAAGAUUACAUCUAUUAGAGAUAAAGGACAAGGGACUAGCAAUAAUCCAGGCGGAAGCAGCGGCGAUAACGAUAAGAGAAAGCGUAAAAAGCAACAUAGAAAGGAAGUAAUUGACUACUCGGCAAUUCAAGCGGAUAAGGAACCGGAAACGAACGCCGAUCCUAAGAGUAAAGUGCGUUCUUGGUUAUUGGCAUCUUCGCAAUGUCGACCGGAAACCGGUGCACGGACCAACAUUAACGGUAUGCCGAAAAGUAAAUCGACCCCGGUAGGUCUAACAGCCAGUGGAGGGGCGGUGGGGUCCAGAGUGCCAGUGUCAAGACAACAGGCAUUAACGUCCACGCGACGUCCUGGAGUGGAGACUGGAAGAGCGGAACUAAAGAACUCAUUGAAUUCCCUCGCCAGGAAGGAACGGGCGAGGCUCCAGGUGGUAUAUAAGCCACCGUUCAGAUUCAGCGUGAAGCUGCGCAAGUCCGACAAGGUGGCGCAAGCACCGGCCACGGCCGUGAAUCAUACGAAUGCGAAUAGCAGAACGAAGUUACCGAGAACUGGAGUGUUGCUACGAACAGCGAAGAGGAAGGACCGAGUCAGAAUAGGCAGAGCACGACAGAUAGCCCCUACUGGCAUCGGAAAUAGCGGUGGCGAUCUGCCGGAACCGGCCAACUCCGACUUACACACUGUACCCUCCGAUUUGGAAGUAUUAUUGUCUGAGAGCGAGUUUCUUUUCUCGGAUACGUGACCAUGGAUAAUGAACGUAUUUGAGUUCGUUUCGAGUCGCUACGCGACUAAGUAGCUCUUGCAUAUUUUCAUCCCUUAUAUCCGUGCGAGAA